AUGUCCUCCAAUGAGCAGAUCCCCAUUGGCGAUGCCGGCGACAACGACUACGCCAGUCGUACCGGCCAGAGCACGAUUCCCGUCCAGCGUGACGAGGCCCCUGUAGAGGACCCUUAUGGUUCUGGAAAUGCCGACUCAGAUGAGCAGCUUGAGCGCGAUGAGAAAGACGCUAUCGACAGCUCCAACAUCAUUGAUAGCCGCACCCGCGGUGCUACAAAGCAGGCUGGUACUUAUGCUGAGCCUGGUGAUGAUGAAGGGCUUCCUGGGCCCGAGGAUGGCACAUCUGCUGGCCGUCAGUAG